AUGGUAAGAGUACACUAUUUGAAAGUGAUCCAAUGUUUGGUAUACUGUACUAUACAUCCUUCUUUGCAACACAACAGAAACUACUUGCCAAUAUGGUUGAACUCAAUCAAAGAAUGCCAACAAUAUCAAGUGUAUUGUGAUGACAUUCAUUCAUUCAUUCACACAAGACAUAAG